AUGGUGACAUUAUCAUAUGCCCAGGAUUUUCUGCAGAACCCGGAUUUCGAAAUCUCACCAUCCAACAUAACGACAAAUUCAACCACAUCCCAAUUCAUUCUCCUCACCAAAGCGAAUUCCAUUCCGGGAUGGUCGUUCAACGGUACGGUCUCGUACGUCACUUCAGGGGCAAACUUGUCAUUUCCAUGGAACGGCGGGGCCCACGCCGUGCAGUUGGGUGAAAACGGCACAAUCAAACAAACACUCAUAGCAAAAGGUGAAGUCUUGGAUUACAUGCUCAGCUUCAAUCUUAUCCCACAAAGCGAAGAUUGCGCUAAUAAUCGCACGGCUGUUAAUGUAUCGAUCAAUGGGAAAUCAACGUAUUACGAUAAAUCAAAGGUGUUUUCUCUCGAGAGGAAUUUGACCAGAAACUUGUGGGAAAGCCAUGCUCUGUAUUUGGGGAGAUUGGGAGACGAAUCCAUCGAUAUUACGAUCGCAAGUGUGAAAACAAAUCAUUCGCAAAGUAAUAACGUCACGUGUUGGCCUCUAGUGGACGCAUUUACCGUAAAAAAUAAUUGGUUGCCAAGAUGGUACGAUGGCAACGGAAUAGCAAACGAAGGUUUCGAGAUCGGACCGGGAUUCUUGAAGAACUCGUCGGAGGGAAUUAUACUAGACGAAGAACAAGAUAGAUUCAACUCUCCACUUCAAGAAUGGUCCAUACUUGGAAAAAUAAAAUACAUAGACUCGAAAAACUACAAAGUCCCACGAGGCAAAGCAGCAAUCGAGCUAUUAACCGGCGAUCCAUCCGGGGUCCGCAUGGACCUAAUACUCGAAACGACAUAUACGUACACUUUGACCUUCACAACGGGAGAUGCCAACGAUUCAUGUGCAGGGGAUCUUACGGUGCACGUGCAACUAGGGAAUUAUAACGUGCACAACUUCACGAUGAGAAGCAACGGAACUGGAUCGGCUUUGAAGCGCUCCAUAACAUUCAAAUCCGAUGAACGGACGGAAACUCCUAUAGCGUUGUACAGUUUCAACACGACAAGAACGAGUUCCGGGGUGAUGUGUGGGCCCGUUAUCGACAACGUAAUUCUUCAAGUUUCCGAUAGAGGGAAGUCGGGUUCUUAUCGAGAGAGGAUGAAAUUUUACGACGGGGUUUUGAUUUUAAGUCUUUUUACUGCUUUGGUGAUGCUUAUGGUAUAG